UAAACCCUCGAUAAACCUUAUUAGCUCCAACUCAAGGCCAAACUUCUCCCAAUUUGAGAGUUUCUUCUCAUUUUCAGAGACCUCCAAAUCCAAUGGCGCUGUUCGCCACCAGGCGCACAUUAGCUUCCAGCAUAUACCGUGUACUCUCUUCACCCUCUUCAUCAUCAUCAUUAUCUCGAUUUCGUUUUGCUCUUCCCCUUUUCUUCAAUCCCCAGUACUUCCCAUCAUCAGAGCAAUUCUUUCCCACUCGUCCCAAGUCAUCCGGGUCGGGUUACUCGCCCCUAAAUGAUCCUUCACCGAACUGGAGCAACCGGCCGCCGAAGGAGACGAUACUUCUGGAUGGAUGUGACUAUGAGCAUUGGCUGAUUGUGUUAGAGUUUCCUGACCCUAAACCCUCGGAGGAGGAAAUGAUUAAUGCAUAUGUCAAGACCCUUGCUGCCGUUGUCGGAAGGUACGGUGGAAAAGACCCCUUUUUUUGUUCCUUGUUGGCAUAAUAUACCUAGGUCAUU